UGACAGGACACCGCCGCUCCGCUUUCACCGCUCCGUCAACGAUGGAGGUGCAGUCGCGCAGCGAGUCAAUCAACAAGCGCCGCAUGUGCGUCGCCGCCGUCCUUCUCGCCAUCAGUGGCAUGUUUGUCGUGGUUGCGUGUGCUGUGCCGGCAUUCUCUGCCGGGACGCGAACCUAUGAAGUGCGCGGGAGCGAUUAUGGUGGGUCGGUCGGCUAUGGCAUCUGGGGCGUCGGCGGAUAUCUGAACGAGGACGCCUGCAAUUUGGCCAACGUGGCCAUUUCCUUUCUUGGCGGCGACAAAUGGUCUUGCUCGGAUGUGGUCUCCUACCACUGCGAGUACGUCUCGUCGCCAAGCAUCCAGGACCCCGAGUUCAUUUCAAAAGGCUUUGACAACAUUCUCUGCGGCUACGCCCGCAGCAUCGCCUGGGAGGCGCGCUCCUGCGACGACGACGACGACUGCGCCGAAGGCGACACCUGCGGCGGUGACGACAAGUGCUCCGGCGGCGCGGUCGGCAACUCGGCCACGCUCAAGCCCUGGAUCGCGGGCGCGGAGGCGGCGUCGAUCUUGACGGUUCUGCUCGUCUUCAUCGCCUUUGUGCUCGCCUGCCACGGCUCCUGCUCCAGGCGUCCCAAGCCCUGCCUCACCGCCGCCCUCGUCGCCGCGGCGGCGGUGCUCGCUGUCGUGCCGUUUGCGCUGUGGGAGUCGAACGCCUGCGAGGCGCUGGACGACGCCGACUUGGAGUGCGGCCGCUCGUGGUCGUACGCCCUCCAGGUCUGCGGCUUCGUCGUCCUCCUCAUCUGCCUCCCCCUCUGCCUCGUCGUCAACUCGCGCAAGUAGGGGCAGGCCCUCGGCUCGGCCACCUCGUCGGAGGAGUUUGGCGCCGUCGCGCGCAGCGCUGGCGGGCGCGAGCGGCGGUCGGAGCCCCGGCCGGGUGUCUAGUAUCUAGCAUGCACGGCGCUGCCGUGGGCACGCCCGGUGUCAUCUGUCGAGUAGUGGUGCAAUGACGGCGUGGGAGAUUGUGAUUGACGGAGCGCUGUCGCGCAGGGAUUUACUUUUGUUUUCUCUGAUCUCUUCUCCACCAUGCU